GUAGCCUAGAAAACUCACUCCCAUUUUCGCGAGUGUACUGAGAUAAGCAGUCACAAGUACCAUGCCGCAUCAAUUCCAGCAGGAGGUACUAAACGAGCACAACAGAUUACGCGCCCAACACUCGGCUCCUCCACUGCAGCUCAGCCAACCCCUCUGCCGGUACGCUCAAGAAUGGGCUCAAACCAUCGCUGGUCAAAACAAGCUGCAGCAUCGCACGGAGCGGACGUACGGUGAAAACCUGUACGCCAUGUUCGGCAAAACUCAAAUUUCCGGAACGGAUCCGGUUCGCAGUUGGUACAGCGAGAAAAAAGAUUACAUCUUUGGCCAACCGGAUCCGGGAUCGAACUUUGCCAAGGUCGGCCAUUUUACGCAGGUUGUGUGGAAGGGAACAAAACAGCUUGGAGUGGGGAUGGCCACCAACGGAAGUAACGUGUACGUAGUGUGUAACUAUGAUCCGGCUGGGAAUUUCAAGAAGCAGUACGCUCAGAAUGUGACGGCUUGAAUGAAGAAAUAAUUGGUUCGAGUUUUGAAAGGUGGCUUGGAGUGCUGGCAUAAGAGUAGAAAAAGAAAAGUGUC